ACUUUUACACAGGCCCACCCAAAUAUUUAUUUCUGCCUACACCUCCGACACUCACACUCACUCAGCUGCUGAUGUUCUAAAGACAAAAACAUAAAAUUUUACAGCUUCCAGACUUUCAUCAGGAUGGUUUUACUGAUUUUUCUUGUUCUUCUCUGGACUUGUCCUGGAUCUGAGUCUAAACUCAACAUGGAUAUAAAGUGUGUGGUGAUUAAUCUGGAGUAUGUAAACUGCACGUGGGAUGAAGACGGGCUUCCUCAGGAGAAUUACACUUUCAGAAGCAGAUAUGAAGUGGGUAAUGAGGCUGAAUGCCCGACAUACCUAAAGGUCAAUGAUCUCAACGUGGGCUGCAGAGUUUCAUACAGCGAAGAGAAGCUGAACAGAUUUGAUGUCCUGCACGCUCAGCUGUACAGCGCUAACGGCAGUGUAGUGGCUGAACAUCGCCGUAACCUCAUUGACAUGGUGAAGCUGGAUCCUCCGUAUGACCUCAAGGUGGAGAUAAAGGACCCUGAGCUUUGGCUUUACUGGAAAAGCAGCAGUAAAACCAAACUGACCUGUAAACGUAGUCAAGUUCGGUACAAGAUCAACCACAAAGACUGGCAGCUUCAGAGCGAAAGCCCUGAGAGGAACUCCUUCACUCUGCAGGUCCUGGACGCUCAGAGCCGGUACGAGUUCCAGGUGAGGGUGCGGAUGUCUGACGUCUGUGGCAAUUCGGAGAUUUGGAGCGCCUGGAGCGAGUCGGUGUACUGGGGCUCCAUGAAGGACACAAACUUUUCGGAUCUUUGCAGCAUUCUACAAUUUUUAGUCCAAGUUAUUUACGACUCAUGGAACAUUUGAACAUUUUAUCGUACAGUCGGAGCCAAAAGUCCGAGAUCACUAGUGGAAAUGCUUCUGUUUUGCAUUUUGCUUGAAUUUAACACAGUGCUUAUCAUUUCAAAUCAUAUGGCAACAUAACAAUUUGAAUGAAAAGUUGAAUAUUUGAAAAACAUACAUGAAUUUCAGAAUUGAUUAGUAUUUAGCACUAUAGAAAAGCAAGCAAGCAGGUGUGAAACUGAACAUGUCCAUUUCUUUUCAAUUUCAUGUCAAUUUCCUUCCACUGAAGUGUUCAAACAACACUGGAUUUGAUCUUCUCAUCAGAAGCUCGUUUGAGUUAAUAAAUUUGAGCUGUUGUUCACCUGCUAUAAA